UAAACAAUCUAAAUUGCAGUGGAGCUUGAGCUGAGAAGAGCCAAGAGAAGGCAAAAUAUAGGGUGUCUGCAUUUAAUGCAAUCUUCUCUAUGAAUUACCCUCCAAGCCCUCUCAGACCCUGGAGAACAUCAACGUUGACAGACCAAAAAACAUUCAUACAAUUUGAAUCUUUGAAAUCCAAUACAUAAAUACAUACAUAUACACACACACACACACAUACUUAUUAAGACCAGCCAUAACAUCCCGUGAGGCCAAGAACACUUAACACCAAGCUCUCCAGCUCCCUUCCAACAAAACCCUACUUCUGUAAUCUGCCACAACACAAAGGAUCCUCGUGAUGGAGAGCUCUUCUUCUUCACGAGUUUUCUAUCCUCACUUUCCUUCUCUCUUUUCAAUUCUCUCCUUCAAAUACCCCCCCCAACAUUCCUCUGCUUCCUACUUCAACAACUCUCAAGCUUCACCAUGGAACCCAGAACAUUCCUUCUCUUUUCAACCCUCUUCUUCUCUUUCGUUUCUCUCCAUGCAAAAGACUAUCUUCAAACCUACAUUGUUCAGCUACACCCGCAUGGUGUAACAAGCUCUCUGUUUACUGCCAAGGAAAAUUGGCAUCUUUCGUUUCUCGAGCAGGUUGUUUCCUACGACGAAUACCCUUCUUCUCGCCUCCUCUACUCUUACCAUUCUGCCAUGGAAGGUUUUGCAGCUCAGCUCACUGAAUCAGAGCUCCAGUUGUUGUCUAAUUUGCCCGAUGUUAUUGCGGUUAGACCAGACCGGCUGCUCCAACUUCACACCACGUACUCUUACAAGUUCUUGGGACUUAGCCCCAAAAGAGAAAAUACCUGGUACAAGUCUGGAUACGGUCGUGGAGCCAUAAUUGGUGUGCUUGACACUGGAGUCUGGCCAGAGAGUCCGAGUUUCGAUGAUAGCAGAAUGCCUCCUGUUCCCAAGAAAUGGAGAGGAAUUUGCCAAGAAGGGCAGAGCUUCAACUCCUCUAACUGUAACAAAAAGCUGAUAGGUGCCAGGUUCUUUACCAGAGGCCACCGUGUUGCUUCACAAUCACCAAUGCCGAAUGCCAUUAACGAAUAUGUAUCGCCAAGAGAUUCUUAUGGACAUGGGACUCAUACAUCAUCAACAGCUGCUGGAACUUCAGUUCCAAUGGCAAGUGUGUUAGGUAAUGGAGCUGGUGUGGCCAGAGGUAUGGCACCUGGGGCCCAUAUUGCCAUCUACAAAGUUUGCUGGUUCAAUGGUUGUUACAGCUCUGACAUUCUAGCUGCAAUGGAUGUUGCAAUCAUUGAUGGAGUUGACGUCCUCUCCCUCUCUCUUGGAGGCUUUCCGGUACCUCUUUAUGACGACAGCAUUGCAAUCGGGAGCUUUCGAGCAAUGGAGCAUGGAAUUUCAGUUAUCUGUUCUGCAGGAAACAAUGGUCCACUUCAAAGCUCAGUUGCCAAUGAGGCUCCUUGGAUUGCUACUGUUGGCGCCAGCACUCUUGACAGGAGAUUCCCAGCUAUAGUUCGAAUGGGCAAUGGAGAAAUUCUGUAUGGAGAAUCCAUGUAUCCGGGGAAGUUUAUGAGAAGUGCUGGACGAGAGCUCGAACUAAUUUACGUGACAGGAGGAAACAGGGGAAGUGAAUUCUGCUUCAAACAAUCUCUUCCAAGAUCAAAAGUGCGUGGCAAGAUGGUUGUUUGUGAUAGAGGUGUCAAUGGAAGAGCAGAGAAAGGUCAGGUUGUGAAGGAUGCUGGAGGUGCUGCAAUGAUUCUAGCCAAUACAGAGAUAAACCUGGAAGAAGAUUCUGUUGAUGUCCAUGUCUUGCCAGCUACAUUAGUUGGCUUUGAAGAAUCUGUUCGUCUGAAGGCUUACAUAAACUCCACAACAAAACCCACUGCUCGGAUAGAGUUCGGAGGCACCAUAAUAGGGAGAUCGAGAGCACCGGCAGUAGCUCAGUUUUCAGCUAGAGGACCCAGUUUAACUAACCCAUCGAUCCUAAAACCAGAUGUGAUCGCUCCGGGGGUCAACAUUAUUGCUGCCUGGCCUCAAAAUUUGGGCCCGACUGGUCUUCCAGAAGAUUCUAGAAGAGUGAACUUCACUGUCAUGUCAGGAACUUCCAUGGCUUGUCCUCAUGCCAGUGGCAUUGCUGCUCUAGUCCAUGCAGCUAACCCCAAAUGGACACCAGCAGCUAUUAAAUCGGCAAUAAUGACAACUGCAGAUGCAUAUGACCAUUUUGGAAAACCAAUCAUGGAUGUGAAUAAGCCGGCUGGAGUUUUUGCAGUUGGAGCCGGCCAUGUAAACCCUCAGAGAGCCAUAAAUCCAGGGCUGGUGUAUGAUAUCAGACCAGAUGAGUAUGUCAUUCAUCUUUGCACCCUUGGAUACACAAGAUCAGAGAUCCUCACAAUCACACAUAAGAACUUAAGUUGCCAUGAGAUUUUGCGGAUGAACCGAGGUUUCAGCCUCAAUUAUCCAUCCAUCUCUGUAAUCUUCAAGCGUGGAAGAACAAGUGCAGUAAUUAAAAGGCGACUGACGAAUGUGGGGAGUCCUAUCAUAUACUCGGUGGAAGUAGUGGCUCCUGAGGGAGUCAAAGUGAGGGUUAGACCUCAAAGGCUGAUAUUCAAUCAUAUAAAUCAAAGCCAGAGUUACAAGAUAUUGCUUAUGUCAAGGAAGGGAUUUGGAAACGAUAGGAUCAGCUUCGGACAAGGACAAUUGACAUGGGUGCACUCCCACAAUAGUCUUUACAGGGUUAGAAGUCCCAUAUCGGUGACUUGGAAGUCCAGUAAUAGGAACUAGGUUUCCUAGUGCAAUAAUUCAGUCCAUUUUCAUCAAAAGGAGGUAGAAUUUUUAUUUUGAGUUUUUAAAGGUAAAAACUCAAGACAGAUUGCCGAAAUAAAAUCUGCCUGUUUCCCACCAAUCAUUUGUUUUCAAUUCAGAAAUCCAGAAAAAGAAAAUUUGGAUAACGCCUAAGUAGAAACAUCAGAAGGAGGUCCACAACCCACAAAAAAAAAAAAAAAGAGAAAUAUCUCCAA